AUGUCAUAUGAGGCAGAACAACUUUGGCAAGAACUUUUAUCUAAAGACGAAAUAGACGAUGAAAACUUGUUUGGAGAAACAUCAUCAGAUGAAUAUCAGCCUUCUGACAAUAUGACUGACUCUGAUUCGGAUUCAGGAAUAAAAAGUGAUAAAUCUUUGACAGCUAGUGUACAGGACCUUGUUGAGGGAAGCCAACUGUCAACUUCGGGAGCUGUUGUGCAGAAGUUCGAUGCUGGCAGUAAUGCCAGUUUACAACAAACAAUUGAAAUCUCAUAG